AUGCCUCCCAAGAAGAUUGAAGUUGUCAAGGACAAUGUCGUUGCUUUCGGCAGGGUUAGCAAGAACCUGAAGAUGGGUUGCGUCGGUCUGCCCAAUGUCGGAAAGUCGAGUCUCUUCAACCUCUUGACCGAGCAGAGUGCCGCUGCGGAGAACUACCCGUUUUGUACGAUUGAGCCCAACGAGGCGAGAUGUGCUGUCCCCGACGCUCGAUAUGACUUUCUCUGUGACCUUUGGAAGCCGCCGUCCAUGUACCCCGCGUACCUCCAAGUCACGGAUAUUGCUGGCCUGAUCAAGGGUGCUUCUCAAGGUGCGGGACUUGGAAAUGCCUUCCUGUCUCACAUCCAGGCUGUUGAUGGCAUGUACCACAUUGUCAGAGCGUUUGACAACGAUGAAGUCUUGCACGUGGAUGACUCGGUUGAUCCCGUCCGUGACUUGGACACCAUCCAGAGCGAGCUUUGCAAAAAGGAUCUCGACAUUCUGGCGAAGACGAUUGUCGCUGAGGAGCAAAUCGUCAGGAAGGCAGGCGGCAAGUACAAGAUGCUGCCUCUCUUCACAGAGACGACGACAAAGAUCAAGGAGAUGCUGGAGAAGGACCAACCAGUCAGAGACGGAAGCUGGACGCCGGCCGAGAUCGCCCUCAUCAACGAGAAGAUCCAGCUCAUCACCACCAAGCCCGCCAUCUACCUCGUCAACUUGACAAUGAAGGACUACCUCAGACAGAAGAGCAAGUACCUGCCGGCCAUCGCCAAGUGGGUCACCGAGCACGGAGGCGUUCCCCGCGACAUCAUCCCUUUCUCCAUCGAGUUUGAGGAGAAGCUUCACAGCAUGAAGGACGAUCCGGCUGCGCAGGCCGAGUUCCUCAAGGAGAGCAAGGUCAAGUCGAAGCUGGACAAGAUCGUCACCGAAGGUUUCACGAAGCUCGGCUUGCAAUACUACUUCACCGCUGGUGAGAAGGAGAUCAGGUGCUGGACUAUCCCAAGGGGUUGCCUUGCACCCCAAGCUGCUGGAGCUAUCCACAGCGACUUCGAGAGGGGAUUCAUCAAGGCUGAGGUGGUCGCCUACCAAGACUUCCACGAUCUUUGUGAAGGCGGCAAGUCCAUGGGCCCGAUUAAGGCUGCUGGAAAGUACCGCCAAGAAGGAAAGUCUUACGUUGUUCAAGACGGAGAUAUCAUCCACUUCCAAUUCAACGUUUCCAACAAGAAAUAG